AUGUACGGUAUAUAAGUAGCAUUGGAAGAGGAGAGGUCUGUAAUGAAAUGCCUCAACAUAAUGUAGUGUUACUAUUCACUUUUCAGUCUUUUGUUUGUUGUCUUUUUACCUUCCAGCACUUGCAGUACAUUUUCCAUACCUGUGUCUCCCUCCCAUUAUUCACAGGUCUCACUGGAGGCACAGACAAUAUGAGUCUGGAAUCAGAGGUGAGGAAUCUGACAUGCGAUUGUCCCAUCGACAGCUUCAAGCGCAGCGUGUUUCCUGCUGCAUACCUGCUCUUCUUCUUCCUGGGCCUGAUAGCCAACAGUGCCUCCCUCUGGGUCUUUCUGAGCAUGUACAGGAGGAGGAGGAGCAUCACCACAGUUAACCUGUACAUGUUGAACCUGCUGUUGUCUGACCUCAUGCUGGUGUGCUCUCUGCCACUCAGGGCAGCAUACUACCUGCUGGACUCCCAUUGGCCGUUUGGGGACAUCACCUGCCGCCUGGUCUCCUACGUAUUCUACAUCAACAUGUAUGGCUCUGUCUACUUCCUGCUGGCCCUGAGUGUCAUCCGCUACCUGGCUGUAUCGCGCCCCUACACGUUCAUGAGUCUGGAGGGUGGAUCCUGUGGUUGGGUAGGGUGUCUACUCAUCUGGAUCUUUGUGUCCCUGGCCUCCGCACCACUACUGAGUACUGGGACUAUCCAGGAUGGGGAAGAGCGGACCCGCUGUCUGGAGCUGGGCAGCAGCCUGGGCACCAUCAUCCUCCUGAACCGUGCUGCCCUGGUGGUCGGCUUCACCCUGCCCUUCACUGUCAUCUCUGUCUGCUAUGUGUGUGUUCUGCUCAGCCUUAGGCAGUGUAGGGCUGGGGUGGAGGGGAUGAAGAGGCCCUCCAGGAGGAAGUCUUGUGCCCUCGUCAUCCUUGGUCUCGGCAUCUUCAUGAUCUGCUUCUUGCCCUAUCAUGUAGUACGAACACUCUUCCUGGCAGCAGAGCAGAAUGCUCAGCUAAAUGGUUGUGAGGAUUCUUGCAGCUAUCUCCAGGGGAUUCGGAAGGCUGCCGUGGUAACGCUCUGUCUUGCAGCAGGGAACAGCUGCCUAGACCCCUUCCUUUUCUUCUUUGUGGGAGAAAACUUCAGAGAUUUCUGCAUGAAAAAGGAUAGGAGACAGAGGAGAGUUUUUAACAACACAGAGAGACAAAUGUUUCAAGACUGCAGCCCAUAG